AUGGCAGACUUUGACCACCAGCACGACUUCGUGCAGGCGACGAUCCAGGAAGUGCUGGCGCGGGUGGACCUCGCGGAUGCUAAUGAAGCUUGCUCUGGCUUUGAGAGCGACCCUAUGGCGCCAGCGGGGGCAUGCACCGGGGGAAGUGAGGGAUCAGGCGGCGCUCGACAGCAGCAGACGCUUUCAGGGCGCGCCACGGGUGCCGCCUCGCGGACGGCAUCCGGCGCCGGCGCAUCCGCGAGCGGCCGCCUGGACACGUCCAUGCUGGAGCUGCCCGGCAACAGCGAGGCCACCAUACGGCUGCUCAAGGCGAGGGUUAGGGCGCUGGAGGAGCAGAUGCAGGUGGCGGUUGACGGCGCAGCAGGCAGGGACGCGGCCCUGGCAGAGUCGCAGCGGGAGGUGCGGGCACUGCAGCAGGACAAGGCUGCAGCGGCAAAGGCCCACAAGGCGCUGGAGGCGCAGGUGGAACGCUACAAGCGCGCCGCGCAGUCGGCCCGCGAGGCGCAGGCCGCGCAGGAGGCGGCUCUGAAGGAGCGCGAGAGGGAGGAGGCCAAGGCCGGCAGCAGCAGGAAGCUUGCCGAGCAGGAGUCGCGGGCGCGCGAGGUGCGGCUGGCGCGGGCGCUGGAGGAGGUGGAGCGCCACAAGGCGCUGCUGCAGGAGGUCAAGGCACAGGAGCGCGACGGCCGUGAUGUGGCCAAGACGGACUACCAGCGGCUGGCGGCAGACCACGCCAAGCUGGAGCGGCAGAAGAACACGCUCCUGGCGGCCUUCAGGAAGCAGUUGCGGCUGAUCGAUGUGCUGCGGCGCCAGAAGGCGCACUUGGAGGCUGCACGCUGCCUCGCCUUCACGGAGGAGGAGUUCAUGCGCGCACUGGAGACGGGGCAGUGA